AUGGAGUUGGGACAGCACAGCCCCUUUCCCUGGUAUUGGCGGAACAAUGUUAGAGGAGCGAUCGCGCGGCCAUCGCGAUGGAUGCGAGGACAGCGGGGCAGAAGAAAUUUGAGGCCUUUGGCGAUUGGCCAUCUUGGCCGUCUCGCGCUGCUUGCAGCCAUCUCUGUCGCCGCUGCGUGGGGGUCGGCUGCCAGCUGUGCGUGGCUGGGCCGGGGGCACAAGGCCGAAGAGACGGAGCUACCCCUUAUGGACGUGGACUUUGUGGAGCUGCAGGUACAGAAUGCCGCAUCACCGGUGCCCUUUCAGAUCUCGAAGCUCUACGUUCCGAUCGUGCCAGAAGUAGCCAGCUGGUUGAAUCAGAGCAACCUGGACUUCAGUUACAGCCCAGAGGAAAAGCUGACCGGGCCCCCGCGAAUACAUGUCACCGUGUCCGGCGAGCCGUUCCGGAUAGCGAACGUGACUGUGCAAGGUGACUGCCGCAGCGCGCAUUUCUGCCUUUGGUCAGUUUGGCAAGCGCAUAGUAGCCACCAGCGUUUUCGAGGAAUUCACACAGUCAUCGAGCUGCCUGCCCAAGUCAUGCCCAGCGCCUGCAAGGCACAGGGGCCAAGAGAGUGUUCGCUAAGAAUGGAGGACUUUACGAGCUGGCUCAUGCGCACACUGACACUCUUACUCACUUCUGAAACAUUUGAUCUCAGAGAGGUGGCAGCCAUCCUCGCGGAGGCCAAGACUUAUCAAAGAAGACGCCUGCAAAGCCUUGAGUAA